AUGAGCAAGAAGGCAGAAGGAGGUGUGACCGAUUUAGUCUUGGAUGAGACUCAGAAGGAACUUCAAGAAUGUCCCAUCUGUUACACUGAGUACAAGGAUCCUAGGAUGCUGGACUGCUCACACAGCUUCUGCCUGAAAUGUCUGCAAGAACUCAGACUGACACAAAAUAAGGACAACAAGAAUAUCGUCUGUCCGUUGUGUCGAAAGGAAACUGCCCUGACUGAAGCUGGCGUGGACAUGCUACCUGGAGGAUCAAAGGAAGUCAAUCAACAGGAGCAGACUGAAGGUCAGGGGUUAAAAGUCAUGUGUCAGGCAUGUGAUGAGGAGAACGAAGCCAUUUCUCGAUGCAUGGAUUGCAAGCAUUAUCUUUGUCAAGAAUGCCAGAAGGCACACAAUCGAUUGGCAUCACUGAGAACUCACAAGAUUGUGGCAUUGACAGAGCUACCUGUUGAGUCCCAAGAAAUAACAGAGGACAAUGAACUCAAGAAAGUUCCAAAGUGUCUCAAGCAUCCAGAUCAAGACCUCUGUCUGUAUUGUAACUCAUGUGAAGUUCUCAUAUGCAAUGAAUGCACAAACUUUGACCACAAAGAAUCCAUACAUUCUCACGUCAGCAUCGACCAAGCGGUUAGCAGAUGUAAACAAGAAGUACAUGAGUCCAUAUCUAAAACAGUAGAGUGCAUUCAACAAUUCAUUUCUGCCAACCCCUCUUCAGGCCAUUCACGUUACCGGCUUGACAAGAUGCUGGCAAAAACGUACUCUCAAAUUUCACAGAAAGUAGAAAGGGAAAUUGCCAAAAUCAGAGAUAAAGAAAAACAACUCAAAACGGAGGCCAGGGCCAUUGCCAUUAAACGAGAUACAGAAUUUGCAUAUGCAGAAACAUCUGAGCAAAUUGUGGGUAAAGUGAAUGACGUGAUGACUACAGCAACUUGCUAUGAGAUCCUGGAGUCCAAGAAGAAAAUGCUGCGGGAUUUGAAUGAGCAGGUGGAGGUGCAUAAGAGUUUGGAUAUCAAGCAUGGGAAGUCAUUCCUUGGCUUUAAGGAGAGUGAAGAGUAUGGUCAGCUUGGGACUCUGCUCCUGGAGGAGAAAUGGGAGAUGGAUGAGAACUUUCCAAAAGUUGAACUUCGUGAAUGGUUCACAGAACAUAUAUGUAUAGCAGCAUACUACACAAGUGAAAUGGUUGUGGUAUGCAGUGAUCAGCUGCAUACAUUGGAUCCAGAGGGGAAGGUGAUUUCUACAAAGACCUACAAACGUGUCCGUGCUAAACCGAACAAACCCCAUGACCCUAAUGACAUACAGAAAGCAACAGCUCUAGCCAUCAACAAGGAUGAUCAACUUCUGAUCCUAGACAAUCCUGCAGUCAAGAUCUUCAACAAGGAAUACCAGCUCCUUCAUCAGUUCCUACCGGGGAAAGAGGCCGGCGUGGACGGCACGCCAACGUGCCUGGCAGUGGACAGCAGCAAUUUGAUAGCAGUGGGUUACAAGGACAAGGAACAGAUAUCUCUACACAACCCAGAUGGUUCCCUUGUCAGAACAUUGUCUGCUCCAAAGAUUGGUACAUAUUUGGUCUUUAGCAACAAGCGACUAAUUUAUGCCAUUUGGAGCAAGGAAGGUUUGCUGAUGGCUGUUGACUUACAUGGCAACAAACUGUUUACUCAAAGUUGUAGUUAUCCUCGUGGGCUGUGUUGUGAUGAUGCAGGUGAUAUUUACCUUGUGGCCUCAUAUAAAAUUUGCCAUUUCAGUGCAGAUGGCAAGUGCAUUGCUUCAUGGGACUGUCCGGAUGGUUCUGAUAUUACAUACACACCUGCACAUAAAUUAGCAGUUGCAAGUAUAGAUCGGGAGUUUGAGCUUGGGUACAUGUACAUGCAUCACUUGGUUUAG